AUGGAGGUGGUUCUUGAGUGUGCGAAGCCGUUGCUGAGAAAACCGAACAUCUUUUGCUUAUCGCAUUUGUCAACAGAGAAUUGGGUGUUUCAGGGAAGUGGGUCUCAAGUUGAAUCAGUGAAUUCUGAAGAAAUAUCGUUCAUUCCUCGCGAAUCCGACAUGUCAUUCGUGGUUGACGCCGCCUUCGACCAAGAGAAGUCUCAGAGACUCGGUGCUGAAGAUCUCAGUCGAAAAGGAUCAAUUGAUGAACCGAUAUCAAAUCUCAUAUCCUGCAUUAAUGAGAAGGAUAAUUAUUUCUCCACAAGUUCCUGCUCCGGAAGAGUCAUAACGUACGAAAUUUCAGGAUCCGGAAAGCCUGGAUGCAAAUUUAUCGAUGUCUUCCAUAGCACAUUACUGCAGGACGAAGUCGCACGCGUGGUUAGCGAUGUUACAAUUGCUGCGAUGUCCGGAAAAGCAGGCGAUAAGGUUUAUUUCAAAUAUGAGCCCCUGAUCCUGCACGUACGGGCGAAAACGUUGGAGGCUGCUGUUAUGUUGUGUAAAACGGCUAUUGAAUCCGGCUUACGAAAUUCCGGCAUCACUUUCGGGAAAAACGGCCGAACUCUGGUUGCUAUUAGAAGUUCGCAUUCCCUCGAAGUUCCCAUCGCAUCCGACGGUUCGUUGCUCGUUUCGGAAGACUACAUCAAGUUCCUAUGCAGCGAAGGAAAUGCGAGGCUUGCUGAAAAUUUCGCGAGGAUAAUGAAAUUCGAGCACCGUUUCAAGACUGUGAAUCAUAACAAACCUGAACGUGACGAACAUCUCCCGCCUAACAAGAGGCGGGACUCAUCCAUCAAGUCCUGCAAAGAUCGAGAAAUGAGUUUCCAAGAUGAGGACUUCCACGACGCUGUUGAAACGCUGUUCCCCGGCGAUUAAACCUUUACAGUCGUGAAGCAUAUGGGGUUCAGUGCUUGCUCACGGUAACACGUGUAUUAAUGGUUGCAGAGCUCGUGCCAAGGAUAAAUAGCUGAAUGAAGGAAGCAGAGUGACAGCAAGCAUUGAAGGUUAUUGUGAUCCUUUCGUGGCAUUUGUUAUUAUGACCAGACUGAUCUGAAAAAUGUUCAACUCUCCUGAGGUGUAGGUUAUUUUAUGGAAAGCGACUGCCGCCAUAUCAAUGGGCGCUAAGUCUUUGGCAUCUCCUGAAAGAAUGCUAGAAAUCGAAUUGCAAACAC